CAGUUGAAUGCAGUCGUUGGACAUCACUUCUGCUGAACUCCUCAGUCCUUUAUUCAGGUUUAUUUCUCCAGUGCAGCCAUUUGUCAUACAUCAUGAUGAGCAAAAUGUUCCUGAGUGUCCUCUUUUUUACAAGCUCUGUGGGCGCUUGUGGUCACGAUGUGGGCCUGUUCAUUACUGCGCCGACACCGAUGGAGGCUCUGAAUGGAUCCUGUUUACAUAUUCCCUGCAACUUCACAGCUAAAAGUGAAGACAGCGUUUCCAGUGGAGAACCUGUCGGAGUUUGGAUGAAAAGUGACCCAAGUUUCUCAACAUUUCCACAGAAUGUGAUUUUCAACAGCAGUGAGACGACAAACGUCUAUCCCAUGACCAUAACUGGCAAUCUGAAGGAGAAAAACUGCACCACUUUGUUUUCAGGCAUAAACCAAAGUCAUGCAGACACAUAUUACUUCAGAAUUGAACACGGCCGAUUUAAGGCUUCGGCUAUUUGUCAUGCUCUUGAAAUAAAAAUAAAAGAUUCUCCUUGGAGUCCCAGCAUUAACCUUCCCUCUGACCUGAAGGAGCAUCAGUCUGUCACUGUAACCUGCUCAGCUUUCACUCCGUGUCCACAAUCACCUCCUGAACUCACCUGGAAUCUCCAACAAGACUCUCUCAGACAAACAGAGGAAAACACAGAUGGAACCUUUACAACUAAAAUCCAGGAGACCAUCACUCUGUCAGACACACAUGAUGGAUACAACAUCAUAUGUUCUGCCAGAUAUCCUGUGAUUGGAGGAAACAAGACAGUAAACACAGAAGUGACUCUCAGUGUUUCAUAUGCUCCUAGAAACACCUCAGCAUCCAUCAGUCCAUCAGGUUUGGUGUCAGCAGGUAGCAGGGUGGAGCUGAACUGCUCCAGCAGAGCCAAACCUCCACCCAGCUUCACCUGGUUCAGGAACAGCGGACGUGGAUUCAUUAAAGUAGCUUCAGUGUUCAGUAUGAGCUUCAAUGCUGCUGAGCGAGGAGACUAUUACUGUGAGGCCACAAAUACGCUUGGUAGUGAGAAAUCGAAACGCAUCUGUCUUGACAUCAUUGAUGCUCCUUUGACUCCCAGAAUUGAUAUCCCUUUUGGUGAUCUGAAGGAGGGCCAGUCUGUCACUAUAACCUGCUCAGCUUCAACUCCGUGUCCACUCUCACUUCCUGAACUCACCUGGAAUCUCCAACAAGACUCUCUCAGACAAACAGAGAAAAACACAGAGGGAAUCUUUAUAACUAAAAUCCAGAAGAACAUCACUCUGUCAGACACACAUGAUGGAUACAACAUCAGAUGUUCUUCCAGACAUCCUGCGGCUGAAAAAAGCAACACAGCAAAGACAGAAGUGACUCUCAGUGUUUCAUAUGCUCCUAGAAACACCUCAGCAUCCAUCAGUCCAUCAGCUUUGGUGUCAGCAGGUAGCAGGGUGGAGCUGAGCUGCUCCAGCAGAGCCAAACCUCCACCCAGCUUCACCUGGUUCAGGAACAGCGGACGUGGAUUCAUUAAAGUAGCUUCAGUGUUCAGUAUGAGCUUCAAUGCUGCUGAGCGAGGAGACUAUUACUGUGAGGCCACAAAUACGCUUGGUAGUGAGAAAUCGAAACGCAUCUGUCUUGACCUCAUUGAUGCUCCUUUGACUCCCAGAAUUGAUAUCCCUUUUGGUGAUCUGAAGGAGGGCCAGUCUGUCACUAUAACCUGCUCAGCUUCAACUCCGUGUCCACUCUCACUUCCUGAACUCACCUGGAAUCUCCAACAAGACUCUCUCAGACAAACAGAGAAAAACACAGAGGGAAUCUUUACAACUAAUAUCCAGAAGAACAUCACUCUGUCGGACACACAUGAUGGAUACAACAUCAGAUGUUCUUCCAGACAUCCUGCGGCUGAAAAAAGCAACACAGCAAAGACAGAAGUGACUCUCAAUGUUUCAUAUGCUCCUAGAAACACCUCAGCAUCCAUCAGUCCAUCAGCUUUGGUGUCAGCAGGUAGCAGGGUGGAGCUGAACUGCUCCAGCAGAGCCAAACCUCCACCCAGCUUCACCUGGUUCAGGAACAGCGGACGUGGAUUCAUUAAAGUAGCUUCAGUGUUCAGUAUGAGCUUCAAUGCUGCUGAGCGAGGAGACUAUUACUGUGAGGCCACAAAUACGCUUGGUAGUGAGAAAUCGAAACGCAUCUGUCUUGACCUCAUUGAUGCUCCUUUGACUCCCAGAAUUGAUAUCCCUUUUGGUGAUCUGAAGGAGGGCCAGUCUGUCACUAUAACCUGCUCAGCUUCAACUCCGUGUCCACUCUCACUUCCUGAACUCACCUGGAAUCUCCAACAAGACUCUCUCAGACAAACAGAGAAAAACACAGAGGGAAUCUUUACAACUAAAAUCCAGAAGAACAUCACUCUGUCGGACACACAUGAUGGAUACAACAUCAGAUGUUCUUCCAGACAUCCUGCGGCUGAGAAAAGCAACGCAGCAAAGACAGACGCGACUCUCAGUGUUUCAUAUGCUCCUAGAAACACUUUAGCAUCCAUCAGUUCAUCAGGUUUGGUGAGACCAGGUAGCAGGGUGGAGCUGAACUGCUCCAGCAGAGCCAAACCUCCACCCAGCUUCACCUGGUUCAGGAACAGCAAACAAGGAGUCACUAAAGUGUCUGUGGAGCAGGUUUACAGCUUCAGUGCUACUCCUACUGAAGAAGGAGACUAUUACUGUGAUUCCACAAAUGAGCUUGGUAGUGAGAAUUCGGAAAGCAUCUGUAUUGACAUCGGUGAUGCUCCUUUGACUCCCAGAAUUAGUAUAUCUACUUGGAAUCUGAGGGAGGGCCAGUCUGUCACUGUAACCUGCUCAGCUUCAACUCUCUGUCCACACUCACUUCCUGAACUCACCUGGAAUCUCCAACAAGACUCUCUCAGACACACAGAGAGAAACGCAGAUGGAACCUUUACAACUAAAAUCCAGGAGAACAUCACUCUGUCAGACACACAUGAUGGAUACAACAUCAAAUGUUUCACCAGACAUCCUGCGGCUAGAAAAAGCAACGCAGCAACGACAGAAGUGGCUCUCAGUGUUUCAUAUGCUCCUAGAAACACCUCAGCAUCCAUCAGUCCACCAGAAGGUAACUGGGUGGAGCUGAGCUGCUCCAGCAGAGCCAAACCUCCUCCCAAAAUCACCUGGUUCAAGAAAGGCCCGGAAAGUACCACUGAAGUAGCCACAGGCAACUUUCACAAGGUUAAAUUCACUGAUGGCGAUCAAUACUACUGUGUAGCAGCAAAUAAGGUGGGAAAACAGAAAUCAUCACCGAUCAAUCUCACAGUAAAAGGUACAAACGGACUUGGAGCCUGGAUUCUUGCAAUAAUAGGGGCCGUGGGAAUGGUACUUCUUGGCAGUACAAUCUUCAUCCUUGACACCUGGUUCAUUCACUCCUAAUCCAGUCAAGCUCAUGAGUUGUGCUUGUGUAAAGCACUAAAAUAAAAUGCUGCAACCCGCU